AUGGAUACAUUACCAUUGUUGAUAGUAGGUAAUAUAAUAUCAUACCUCGAUAGAUUAGUUGAUAGACUGUUUGUGACGUUGGUCUGUAAGAGACUGUAUGAUCACCGACAGCAGUAUCUCAACUUGAUCGGUACCAAUGUGUACAUGAGAAGUAAGGAUCAUUGCUACCUCAACUCAUACAAACCGAUCAUCAACAAUGCCACCAAACAAUCAUCAUCAACUACCUACGAAGUGGACCUAGUUGCCUUCUUCCAAUCUGACUGCUCAAUCGACAUUGAGGGCCUUAGAGAGAGUCUGAGCAACCCAGCGAUCAAGCGAGUGUCCAUCUUGCGAUACAGGCUUGGCUUGAUACAUCCUUUAGCGAUAUUUCAUCUUCAGUGGGAUCACAUGGAGACGGUACUGGAUGAGUUGGCGGCCAGAUCAGUCCAAUUAGAUUUGGUCAAUGAUUCGGUUACAUUGCCUUCAAUGGCCCAUCUACAUUUGACAAAGUUAUGUUGUGUUGUAGAUCAUGUGUAUGAUAACCCAUUCCCCAGCAGCGUCACUCAUCUCUCGCUUGGUGGCCACAAAGAGCCAAAGAGUAAAUUGAUCGAGAUGCUGCCUCCUGGACUCAAGGAGUUGAACAUCUCGGAGCUCUUCAUGUUCAAUGCCUACAUCAAGCCGGGCAGCUUGCCAAGCCAGCUCGAGUCGAUCAUCUUCAACGAUCGAUUCAAUCAAAUCUUGGAGUCAAAGACAUUCCCAUCAACACUCAGAUCACUCAGCCUCGGAGCAUCGUUUGAUCAAUCACUCCGUGGCACAGCUUUGCCAUCAUCAAUCACUCACCUCGACCUCGUCCGUGUUGGACAGUACACUCACGACUUGACCAACCUCCCAGCCAGCCUCACCUCGAUCCGUCUGCCCGAGUCCUUCAGUCGCGUGCUCAACCACCCGCCUCUUCAAAGCCUGGACCUGCUCCUCUUCAUGCCGUCGAACAACGACACGUACCCCAAGCUCACUCUCCUUAAAAUGGGCUUGCUAAAGAGCAAGGAAUUCCCCGCGUCGCGCUUUCCAAACAUUGAGCGCCUGUAUAUUGGCGCGAGCCAGCAUAACUUGGACAUCUCAACACUGCCUUGGUCAUCUCUCAUAUUUGCCAGUCUGCUCAUUGGCCCAGAGGCAAUGACCUCGAGUAUCUCAAAGCCCAUCCCAUUCGGGGUCCAGGAGUUGGAGCUUGGCAACUGCAACUUUAUCAAUGUGCCCGCUGGCAGCCUGCCGUGCUCACUCACAACAUUGAGGAUGAACAAUGUAGAGAAUCUCAAGCCAGGUCACAUCCCACAAUCAGUCACCAGUCUUGGGCUCUAUCAUUAUGAUGUGCAGAGUUUGGAUCCUGGAGUUUUGUCAGCAACAUGUCUGCCAUUACUACGACAUCUUACAUUGGAUAAUGUUUUGGGGAUGGAUGACCUGGUCCUCAAACAUCCCUUGCCAUUGUCCAUCGUGUCGCUGACACUUGGUCCAUGUCGCGCAGGUGCCAAUGAAGUGUACCUCAGACGUCUAUCAGAGCGAGUGUACUUCAAAUGUUCAUUGCCAACCAACACAACUUCUCAAUAUGUUAAGGAUUAUGGAUUCAUUGUUGAUCUUACCUCUAUUGUGAAGUCGAUGGUCUGA